GGAAGUCUUUUGGUGCUGCUCUAGCCUGGUAGUACAAUAGAGACUUCGGAGGACUGCUCUGCUUUACGGCUCCAGAGAGCCUUUACGUUGUUUUCCGUCUUCAUCUUCACUUCGCCGCGAAGAUGGCGUCUGGCAGCGGGACUAAAAACCUGGACUUCCGCCGAAAGUGGGACAAAGAUGAAUAUGAGAAACUUGCAGAGAAACGACUUAAUGAAGAAAGAGAGAAAAAAGAUGGAAAACCUGUGCAACCUGUCAAGCGGGAGCUCUUGCGACACAGAGACUACAAGGUUGACUUGGAGUCCAAGCUGGGGAAGACCAUUGUUAUCACCAAGACCACUCCACAGUCUGAAAUGGGAGGGUAUUACUGCAAUGUCUGUGACUGUGUAGUGAAAGACUCCAUCAACUUCUUGGAUCACAUCAAUGGCAAGAAACAUCAACGGAAUCUGGGCAUGUCAAUGCGUGUGGAGCGUUCUACGCUGGAUCAGGUGAAGAAACGCUUUGAAGUGAACAAGAAGAAGAUGGAAGAAAAACAAAAGGACUAUGACUUUGAGGAGAGGAUGAAAGAGCUCAGAGAGGAGGAAGAGAAGGCCAAAGCCUACAAGAAGGAGAAACAGAAGGAGAAGAAGCGAAGGGCAGAGGAGGACUUGACAUUUGAGGAGGAUGAUGAGAUGGCAGCUGUUAUGGGCUUCUCUGGCUUUGGCUCCACCAAAAAGAGCUACUGAUUCCCUCUGAACUUGUCUUAUUCCCAAGCCUGACUCUGUGGGAUCACUAAUAUCCAAGGCAUUUGGGGAAAUUCUUCAAAGACCUGACAUGUGGAGGGAAGAAAGGAAUUUGUUUCUCUCCCUUAACAGCCAGAGUGCGGCCAGGAUCUGGAGAAGUUGGGUUCCAGCCCUCUAAUUUUCAUAUUUGAUGGAGCUGCAGUUCAUCUGUGCUAACUUCCUAAUAAAAAAGAAACCUCCCACUCGUCAGCUGCUUCCCCGAAGCUCUUCCUGCAUCCAUCCUUCUCUCUUCCCUUCUCCCUCCCACAACGUCUGCUUUUGUUCUCUUCAAACCCUUGCCUUCUCUACCCUACCUCACCUUCCUCCUCCAGUGUUCUGGCUGUUUAUUCCUGAUGUACUGUGGCCAUGUGUGUGCACAUAUAGUGUUCUGCCAGGUACUUGUAUGUAUGUGUGUGUGCAUGAAGAAUUCCUGUAGAGGACUGGGGCCUGAGCCAGGAGGCCACAGCUGCUCUCCUUCCCUUCGUCUUGGGCUGCAGGUGCCUCCUGUGACUUCUUUUAGAGCAUGUAAUGGGGAAUUAAAUGGAUGAGUGUUUGGUGUGGUUUGUUUCUGGUGAGUUAUUUGACCUUUUUUGUUUAGUCCUGGGCUGUUUUAGCUUUUUAAUUUGUAUCUUUUAAAUGAGAAUUACUCUGUUUUUGUCUUCCUUGUAUUUAGGCUCUAAUGUGAGUCUUAACUGAUGCAAAAAGCCCCAGUAUGGGAUUUUGUGUGUGCCCAGGGACAAACUAACAUAUAGAAUUAAAGGAAAAAAAGGAUGUUGGCUGGAA